CGCGCAGGCGCCCCGCGGCCCGCACCGGCGCGGCCCCUUUAUCAUGGGGACAAUACAUCUGUUUCGCAAAACACAAAGAUCUCUCAUUGGCAAGCUGUCGCAAGAAUUUAGGCUGGUUGCUGCUGACAGAAGGUCCUGGAAGAUUUUACUUUUCGGUGCCAUAAAUCUACUAUGCACCGGAUUCUUACUGAUGUGGUGCAGUUCUACAAACAGUAUAGCUUUAACUGCAUAUACGUAUCUGACCAUAUUUGACCUUUUCAGUUUAAUGACAUGUCUCAUAAGCUACUGGGUAAUGAUGAGGAAACCAAGCCCAGUAUAUUCAUUUGGGUUCGAAAGAUUAGAAGUCCUAGCAGUAUUUGCUUCUACCGUUCUGGCCCAGCUGGGAGCUCUCUUUAUAUUAAAAGAAAGCGCCGAACGCUUUUUGGAGCAGCCUGAGAUACAUACGGGCCGAUUGUUAGUCGGUACUUUCGUGGCUCUCUCCUUCAACUUGUUUACAAUGCUUUCCGUUCGGAAUAAACCCUUUGCUUACGUCUCUGAAGCUGCUAGUACAAGUUGGCUUCAGGAGCAUGUCGCGGAUCUCAGUAGAAGUGUCUGCGGCAUCAUUCCUGGGCUCAGCAGUAUCUUCCUGCCCCGAAUGAACCCCUUCGUCUUGAUUGAUCUCGCUGGGGCUUUCGCUCUCUGCAUUACAUACAUGUUAAUUGAAAUUAAUAAUUACUUUGCCGUAGACACCGCCUCGGCCAUAGCCAUCGCUCUGAUGACAUUUGGUACUAUGUACCCCAUGAGUGUGUACAGUGGAAAAGUAUUACUCCAGACCACCCCACCUCAUGUGAUCGGUCAGCUGGAUAAGCUUAUCAGAGAGGUUUCAACCUUGGAUGGAGUCUUGGAAGUCCGAAAUGAGCACUUUUGGACGCUGGGUUUUGGUUCACUGGCCGGAUCGGUGCACGUGCGGAUUCGAAGAGAUGCCAAUGAGCAGAUGGUCCUUGCUCACGUGACCAACCGGCUCUACACUCUAGUGUCCACGCUGACCGUUCAGAUUUUCAAGGAUGACUGGAUCAGGCCCGCCCUGGUGUCGGGGCCCAUCGCGGCCAACAUGCUGAACCUUUCCGAUCAUCACAUCAUCCCGAUGCCUCCUCUGAGGGUCGCCGACGAGCCGAACCCCGUCACGUCCACUCCGACGAAGCCUAGUAGCCCGCCUCCGGAAUUUUCUUUCGACACCCCGGGGAAGAACGUGAACCCCGUCGUCCUUCUCAACACCCAAACCAGACCGUUCGGUUUGGGCGUUAACCACGGAGCCACCCCUUACGGCGGCGCAUUCAGCCCAGGAUUUGGAAUGCCGGGAGUGGGAGCCACCCAAGGAUUCAGGACUGGCUUUACAAAUCUUCCCAACAGAUUCGGAACUAACGCCAGAGGCCAGCCCAGACCGUGAUACUCUCCCGUUGCGUUUUAUUUAUUGGCGUCAGAGUACCGACUCCUCAACUUGUUUAUUUUCCUAAACGACGUUUUUUUAAGAAAAAUAAUUACCAGAAGAUCAUUUGCUGUAAAUCGUACAGAUCGACGGUGUCGCGUCCCUCCGCCCCCGGGUUAAUCGAAUCGGUGAGAUUUACAUUUUCCCAGUCUCUCCCCAGACUUGGGAGGUCCGAAGAGGUUUUCCUCUAGAUAAUGUUUCUUCUCCUCUUUGAUUUUUGUUUUCGACUCUAAUGCGAUCGCUCGACUGUCCCGGGAGAGAAAUCCCUUGGGAUCCCUUUUGUUUCUUCCACAGCGGUUGAGUAUUCUGUCUUGCUGUCUUCUGAGUAAUGAGCAGCAUCUCAAGGGAGGAGAGAAAUCUCCCUAGACAAGAAAAAGGCUCUUCUGCCGCUCUUCUCCAGUGAAUGAUUUUAUUGGGUGGGGGCUGCCUUUGGGUUUGAAAGUUCAGGGUGCAUUUUUUUCUUAAAGAAGAAAAAGUGUUUUGUUUUAUUCCAAGAUGUUUCCAUAUUUUACUACCCAGCAAGACUUUAAAUUCUGAAAUUAAGAGACCAGAUUUUUUUUUUAAAUUCACAUAUCAUCUAGAGGUUUCGGUAACUUCAGUAUCUGUAGCUACUGUAUUACCUUCUCCUCGUUAUAUUUUUUGUUAGGUAAUUAUAAAAUUCUUAGUGCAAUAAAUACGAACUUUCUAUACUGUAGUUUUUUGGUGAAGGAAAAAGGGCAAAAAAAAUUGCCCAGUGGUAUCGGUCAUUUAAAGUCCUUCGAUUUGUCUUUUUUUUAUAUAUUUCAGAAUAGAUACUUAUGGAAAUUACCCUCCUCACAUGGAAUCUGUAAUAUUCUCCAAUUUAAAUAAAUAUUUUGAGAUCUGAGUGCAA